AUGAGCAGAUUCUCAAUUUUAUCCAAUGACAUGGACAAAGUGCACUCCUACUUUGGAAACAAUCUCUGGUUAGGGAGUUUGAAAGCAGCCAAGAAUUCUUAGCUUUUGAGACUAAAUAACAUUUAGACUGUGAUCACAGUAGCCAAUAAUAUUAGUCUCAAAUUAGAGAAUUUCAAGCAUUAUGUAACUGUUAAAUAGUAUGGUAGAUUUUUAGUAUAGAGGAUAGUGCUUCCUUUCGUAUAUUAGAUUAUUUCAAGCAAAUUAAUGAAGUCAUAUAGGAGGGAUUGAUGCAUGGUUCAGUUUUGGUACAUUGCGUGGCAGGUGUUUCUAGAUCCAGUGCAUGUGUGAUAGCUCAUUUGAUGUAAUCUCAAGGAUGGUCAUAUGAAAAAACAUAUUACUAUGUGAAAGAAAAAAGGUUGACAAUCAAUCCAAAUCCAGGAUUCAAGAAAUAAUUGAUUUAAUAUAGCAAUUAAUUGGAUUUGAUUCAAAAAACAAAAAACUCAUUAGAAUCCACACAAUCUAGUAAAUUACUGCUUUCCCCAAGAUAUAAGUAGAUUAAUUAAAUUAUUAUUUUAAUUAGACAAAAAUCCCGUGAGGAUUUGAUUACGAAAUUGAUUCAAAACAAUAUCAAAUCCCCAAAUAGGAGGAUUGAAUAACUAGAUUACUCAUCUACAACGGAAGAUAGAGAAAUUUAUAGAUUUCAAUUGGCACAAAAGUUGUUUGCCAAUAGUUUGAUGGGCAAUGAAAAUGAUAAAAAGACAGCCUAGAAGAGUAAUAGGUAAAAUAAGGCUAAUCCACUUAAGAUUAAGUUAAGUUUGUAGUACAAUUGA